CUUUUCCCCUAAAAGUUUAUCUCUUGAAUCGCAUUGCGUUGUGCAACGUCAACUGUGUGGGUGUCGAAAAGAGAAGGAAUUUUGUUUUUCUUGAGUGAUGAUUUCACGAAAUGUUGUUACUUGUGGGGAUCAUGUGAUCGUUCAGUUUUAUUUCACGAAAUGUUGUUACUUGAAGGAAAGAAACGAUCCUCAGCAGUAAAGCUAACAACAUCAACCAAGAUGCCAGAGGCCAAUGACGCAGGAUACGGGCGAUUGGAGGAAGGAAUCUCUCCAAAAUCGAACAAUUACGCCAAGGUUUCGAUCGUGCCACUUGUUUUCCUAAUAUUCUACGAGGUAUCAGGAGGGCCAUUUGGUGUUGAAGACAGUGUUCAAGCAGCUGGCCCUCUUCUAGCAUUGAUGGGAUUUCUUGUUUUCCCAUUUAUAUGGAGUGUUCCAGAAGCAUUAGUCACAGCUGAAUUAGGCACCAUGUUUCCUGAAAAUGGAGGUUAUGUGGUUUGGGUUUCCUCUGCCUUGGGCCCCUAUUGGGGGUUUCAGCAAGGGUGGAUGAAGUGGCUUAGUGGAGUCAUUGAUAAUGCUCUAUACCCUGUUCUGUUUCUGGACUAUCUGAAAUCGGGCAUCCCGAUUCUUGCCGAUGGCCUGCCCCGUGUGGCUGCGGUUUUGGGGAUUACUGCUGCAUUGACUUUCAUGAACUAUAGGGGCUUGACUGUGGUGGGGUGGGCUGCAAUCUUGCUAGGGGUGUUUUCUUUAAUGCCUUUCUUGGUUAUGGGAGUUGUGGCGGUUCCCAAACUCGAGCCCUCGAGGUGGCUGGUGCUGGAUUUGAACAAUGUGGAUUGGGGAUUGUAUUUGAACACUCUGUUUUGGAAUUUGAACUAUUGGGAUUCGAUUAGUACUCUAGCAGGGGAGGUGGAUAACCCCGGUAGAACCCUUCCAAGGGCGCUGUUUUAUGGCCUUAUCAUGGUGGUGCUGUCCUACUUUCUCCCCCUCCUGAUUGGGACGGGGGCGAUCCCACUCAACCGUGAGGAUUGGAGCGAUGGCUAUUUCUCGGAGAUUGCCAAGAUUAUUGGUGGGGUGUGGCUGAGAUUGUGGGUGCAGGGGGCUUCUGCUGUGUCGAAUAUGGGGAUGUUUGUGGCUGAAAUGAGCAGUGACUCAUUCCAGCUUCUUGGGAUGGCGGAGCGUGGGAUGCUCCCGGAGUGCUUUGCCAAGAGGUCGCGCCAUGGGACCCCCCUCGUUGGGAUCCUGUUCUCUGCAUCGGGCGUGGUGCUGCUCUCGUGGCUGAGCUUUCAGGAGAUUGUUGCUGCCGAGAAUUUUUUGUACUGUUUUGGGAUGAUCAUGGAGUUUUUGGCAUUUAUCAAGCUGAGAAUCGAUCACCCGGGCGCCCCCCGGCCUUACAAGGUUCCACUUGGGACGUUUGGGGCGAUCAUGAUGUGUGUGCCUCCAACUCUGCUGAUAUUGGUUGUUCUGCUCUUGGCUUCUCUCAAAGUGAUGGUGAUUAGCCUCAUCGCGUUUCUGAUAGGGCUCGUGAUACAGCCUUGCUUGAAGUACACCGAGAGGAAGCAAUGGCUCCGAUUCUCAGACCUUCAAGCUUCGGUUCCAUUGAUAUAAAGUGAAAAGACGACUGAGUUGGUUGCAGAUAGUUUGCCUUUUUAGUAUUCUGACUCAUAUGAAUGAAUCAACAUACAAGUUUUGGACUAACCACAAUUUGAGAAGAGGAAUAAGAUAGUUUACUUUUUUGUUUUGUCA